UGUUCAGUUCCUCACCUUCUCUUACUCUCAUCCAAUUCCUUCCAAUUACUUCCUUCUGUCUGCCUGACUGCAAAAGAUAUACAUGUCAUUUGCUCACUUCUUCCUGAGUCCAUUCCCCUUGCUUAUCAGUGUAGCCAUCAAAACCUUGUCAUAGGCAGUAGUACUUCAGUACCUAUCCCCAUCUUCUCUUUCAUCCAGAAAUAACAGUCUUCCAUUUUAAAGUUUCAUCCGGCAUAUCAGUUUGAAAGUUUCUUAAAACUCCAUCAUCUGUUGCUUGUAUUCGGGGGUGUUCCUGAUUAUUCUGAUUGGUCUUUGCUUAGUUGUUUCAUUUCCUUGAGAAUUUAGUUCGUUCAGUUCAGUUCAUUCAAAACCAACUUUUUCUGGCCUAAAGUCCCAGAGGGGAAGACAGUUAUAUACAGCGCUUUUAGUUUUCGUAGACCUUGAAGGUAUGAGGCGGUGCUUUUCUGAGUACUAGUCCCUCUUUCCUCGCAGGAAAAAGGGAAGAGAUCAGGUCAACGAGAAUCAUGGAGGAGAAAAUUUGCAGAAAGCCGUCUUCUGUUUCCAUUUCUUGGUAAUUUUACUCCCUGAGUCUUGCGACCAUCCACCAAGAUCGCGUCUUUAUCUGACGAUAGAACCCCAAUUAUAAUCACCAAGCUUCUAAACUUGGUGCUUUGUUCAAGAAUUUCUUCCCUAACAGCUCCAACCUGAUACAAUCAGCCACCAGAACUUCUGGUCUGGAAAAGGUUAAAAAUUCUGCAAGAAGCUGAGAAGCCAAAACAGCGAAGUCAAGGAAACAUCACCGUCCAGAAUGUAUGAUGAAAAUAGUUACUUUGAUGCUGCCCAUCAAUCCAUGCAAACAGAACUAGAUGGCUCCAUUGUAGCUGCAAGCAACUGCACCAUGGGGACGGCGGCAGCAGGUCUAGAUCAAAACUUCACCUUUGAGGACCAGAACAACCCCGCACAGGAAUCAAUGGGAAUUGAGCUCCAGAACCAGCUCCGCUUUGAGCUUGAUCCAGAGUUCAACACCCAGAUCAUCCAAGAAGCUCUUCAAGCAAGUCACUCUCAACUAGAGCACCACCACUUCGCUACGACAGUGCUGCCGCCACCGCCAUCAGUGCUCCAGAACUGGGAGACCGGUGAAAUGCAUGACAUGGUAUUCCAGCAGCAGCAAAGCUUGAAUACCACAUACAGUUUGAACUCUUCCUUAGCUGCACCAGACCUUCUAAACUUUCUGCAACUACCCAGAUGUUCUGUCCCCACAGUGCUUCCCACCACUUCCACUCUCCCUUUCAACGGCAUCAAUAAGAAGGCAAUUUCAGGCUUCCCUAAUUCACUUGACAUCUAUACUGAAAUUGGUGGAAAUGAUGCAAAUUCAGCAUCUUCAGUCCUGUACGAUCCACUCCAAUUGAACUUCCCACCUAAUCCACCGUUGUUGAGGGACUUGUUUCAGUCACUUCCUCAGAAUUACCACCUCCCCAAUUCGCAAUCUGGGCCAUACCUUGGCUUGGAUGAGAAGGAUACAGGAGGAAGUGGGAUGCUUCAGGAAGGGGAUAUUGGUGGCUGCAGGCAGUAUGGGAACUCGGUGCUGGAUUUCAGAAGGGAGAUGUGUGGGAUGGGCAAGGGGGAGGCGAGAGGGAACCACCAUUUUGCUACUGAGAAGCAAAGGAGAGAGUCGUUGAAUGAAAAGUACAAGGCACUCAGGUCCCUGGUCCCUAACCCAACCAAGACUGACAGGGCUUCGGUCGUGGGUGAUGCAAUUGACUACAUCAAAGAGCUGCUGAGGACAGUUGAGGAGCUCAAAAUACUAGUGGAGAAGAAGAGGCAAGCGGGGGGGAGGCAAAAGAGGCAGAAGCAUGGGGAAGAGGACCCAGCGGCCACAGAAGUGGAGGUCUCCACUCAAAACAAGCCUCCCCAUGGCAUGGACGCUGCCGCUGCUGUCAGGGCGGAGAGAGAACAGACGUUCAGCGGGUCGCUGAGGAGUUCAUGGCUGCAAAGGACCUCCAAAGAAGGCACAUGGGUCGAUGUAAGGAUCGUUGAUGAUGAAGUCACUAUCAAGCUUACGCAGAGGAAGAAGAAAAACUGCCUGCUUUUCGUCUCCAAGAUUCUUGAGGACCUUCAGCUUGAGAUCCUUCACGCCAAUGGCGCGAACUUCGGCGAUCAUAACAUCUUCUUGUUUAAUACCAAGAUCUGUGAAGGCUCAUGUGUUUAUGCGAGUGCAAUUGCCAACAAGCUCAUAGAAGGUGUCGACAGGAGCUACCCAAGGUUCACUUCAAGGAUCUAGCGCAGAUGGUUCUUCAGUCAGAAGCCCCACCAUCACCUUUCUAACGCGAAUACUGAUUUCUGUUCCUCGUGUUUGGUGUUUCUUUCCUAUGACAUGUUUUUAAUUUUCAUUUAUAGUUCUGUUGUCUGAGCACUUUUGGUUGGAUGAUUUUAGUAGCCAAGAAUUGUAGCACCGGAGCGCAGCUGCAGUAGAACUUCACUGAUCCACCAUGAAAUAAACUAUUUUGUCUUAG